CGAAGGAAUUCUUAUACGGCGAAGGUUUACAACAUUAACAUGGCCCAAUAUCUUGCAUUGCGGCGCAGACUAGAAUGGCGAAUAGUUACUUUGGAGUUCGAAUUUCUAUUUAAUCAUCACUAUCAACACUGAGUAUUGCAGUGUUUCAGCUUAAUAUUAACUUGAUAUACUAUGAAGCAUCUGGUGUAUCAAGCAUUGCUGUUAUGUACCAUCUUUGACAAGUUCUCUACACAGAAGAAACCGAAACUUGGGUUUUCUGCAAAAUUGAAUCAAAAUAAGUUUGUUCCUCGUCAUCUUCUGGAAACAGAAAGAGAACCAUGUACAUUGACGUGUUUUCGGGGCCGUCUGCACGAGGCAUCCUGCGAAUGCCUUUGUAAACGAAACUGGAGAGGGCCAUCUUGCGACGAAAGGAUUUGUAAACCUUGGCAGGGGAGUUGCUCAACAAAAACACAAUGUGUCAACAAGUUGAAGUUUUGCGACGGAGUGCCAAAUUGCUCAGAUGGUUCGGAUGAAAACACAUGCACCUGUGUCAACAAAGUCUGCCAUAAUGGUGGUCGGUUGGAUAAAGUGACGUGCGCUUGCAUAUGUACAUCCGAUUGGACAGGGGAGCGUUGUAAAACCCCAAGCCCUGCCAAUUGUGGCUUACGGCUGGUGGACAAGAGUCGCAUCAUCGGGGGACAGAGUGCCGAUAUUGAACACUAUCCCUGGCAGGUCCAGCUGAGGUACCGAUCUACGAGGACUAGCUGGUACUUUGUCUGUGGUGGGACGCUUAUAUCUCCUCAGCAUGUUGUCACGGCUGCUCACUGUGUUGUGGAUAGAAUAACCAAUCGAUGGCGAGUGUAUUUAGGCCGCAGAUGGCGUCAGAGCGGAGGGGAGAAGGUCCGGGAUGUCGGGAAGGUCUUCGUCCACCAGCAGUACGAUUCGAUUAAGGACUCCAAUGACAUAGCGUUGAUGGAAUUGAUUUUUCCUGUGAGCUUCAGUCGUCGGAUUCAGCCGGCUUGUUUGCCCUUGCCGGACAGGCAGCGAUUCAACAGCGACUCGGCUUGCUUCGUCAGUGGCUGGGGAGUAACUGAGCAGGGAGGCAUUCUGCCAUACAGUCUUCAAGCAGCUCAAGUUGUACUUGUUCCCAAUAAGCAGUGUGCUGACGUAUUCCUGGAUCUGACAGACUCGAUGAUCUGUGCAGCUGAAUCACUGCUAAUCCUGGGAAAGGUUGAUACCUGUCAGGGCGAUUCAGGUGGUCCACUGAGCUGUGCAGCCAUCAACUCCCACGGCUUCCUGCGAUGGCACUUGGUGGGAAUUACAAGCUACGGCUUCGGGUGCGGCAAACGUGGACUGCCUGGGGUGUACACCAAAGUGUCUAAGUUUGUUGACUGGCUGGACGAGAGGAUGAACUCCAAUUAACAUCUGGCUGGUCAUGCCACUACAUUUUUUUUAAACCAACACCAUCAACAGAGAUGCCAACCGUUACUCUUUUGGAGUAAUUAUUAGGAUUUUGAGGCAUGUUAUUACUCUUGAAAAUCCCAGCUGUCCUAUACGCCAACAUUGUGGUUACUCUGAAAAGUACUGUGGUUACUCUUAAACUUGACUGUUGUCCUAUGUAUUUACAUUAAUGCAGGAAGAAUCAUUACUAUUUUGUAGUCGUAAAGUAAAGUAAAGUCGUAAAGUAAAGUAAAGUUGGCAUCUCUACAUCAAAAUCAAUUUUGCUAUAAUUUGAAAUCCUGAAUAGCUAGGACUCGAAAUAUAAAAAAAUACACAGACCUAAAAAAAAAAAAUUAUGCAACAACACACUUUUAUUUCACAAUUAUUUUUUUUCAACAGACCCGAGACCUAAUGACCUAAUGGCUUUGUUUACAUAUGCGCUUUCCUAUGGGAGUGAAGUCGGGACACCGGACGAAGUAGGGACUGUCUACCACAUAGGAAGGGCACAUGUAAACACAGUGUGACGUCAUUAUAGGUCUCAGGCCUAUUGUAACUUUUUUUCAGGCUGAGGUUCCCCCCAAUUUUCACACUUUUAAGAGUAUACUUACAGUACAUUUCAGAAAAGGCAUAUAAAAUGUAAAUCGUCUUUUUCAAUUAUAGAAAUGAAGACAAUUGCAAAAGACAUUGUUUUGUUUUUUCUAUCACAAAAAAUUUGAAUGGACUAUCAUUUUCCCAUGAAUAAAUAGCAGUUAACCGUAAGAGGAAAUCUUUCUCCCACAGAUCCUGCGAUAUUUACUUCCUUGUUUUAAAUAACUACACACGCUUUCUCAUUUUCAUACACAGAUAUGUCCAUCUUUUUGGUGUCUAAUCCAAGGCUUCUAAAAAUGUUUAAGGUCCUUGAUAAUUGUCUUUUUGCAAUUACUUACCUGGCAUACUACUGAGAAAGAAAUGUAAUUUGUAUAAAGAUGCGAGUGGUUCACAAAACACAGUUUGGAUGCAUCCAAAUCAACAUGCUUAUUUAAAAUUGCAGGUAAUUUGCAUGUAUUUUCUUGAGGCCAAACUUUGACUAUAGCCAAGGAUUCUGCACCAUAUUCAGUAGUGCGGGACACCAUACAGUACUGCAACUGAUUUGAAUUUUGUGCAUUAUCAGUCACUAAUGAUACUGAAGCCUACCCUAAAUUAAUGGCCACAGCUGGUAGUUACACAUGGGUCUAUGGAAAGCGGCUUCAGCUGUUGGCAAAUAAUUUUAAGGUAUAAUGGACCAUUUGUCAUUUGAGAAUAUUUUUUUGUUUGAAGCAAUUAACAACCUGAUGAAGUUUCAGCUCUGUUAAUGCUGUAAAUUCCCGAGAAAUUAAAACAAUAUUCUAGGAUCUGGAUUUCAAUUCAAAAGUUGCCCAGUCAUAAUUUGAAAUGUAGACAGGUUGCGUCCAAAAUCAGCAUCUGGACAUGUUCUCAUUCAGCUGAUUGCAGCUAUGUGAUGUCACGCACUGAACCGACGAAUAAUAGUGAAGCGCGUGUGUGAUGCUCAUGCCAACAUUUGCGAGCACCAAUUUAUGGACACACCUUUGGAACUGACCUUCUUUUAUUGUUUUCUUCAAAAUGACAGCAUACCAGAAGAAACAAUUUCUCAUAGAGUGUAGUGCCAUUGCUAUCUUUAAACCAAGUAAGCUUUUCAACAAUAAUUUAGUCGGUUACUUUUUGGAUAGCUGCAAAUGGUCCACUCUUCCAUUAAACAGUUUGAAUGCAGCUUGAAAUGCCAAAGUUACCAGGGACUUUUUAAAGCUAUUGAUGCACCACAGAAUAUAUGCAGAAGUCAUACAGAUGACUAACAACAAACUGUACAUCACAUGAAAAUAUGUACACUUCAUAUAUAAACUGUCCUUUUUUUGUCUAGGCAAGGCACUCUGCACUUUAUUUACAUGGCUCAAAAUCGUGACAUACAUGUAUUUACAUCUUUGGAAAGAGGUUCGUAAUUUGAUCAGAGAAGUUUUCCUUUUAAAA